UUAAGCACUGGAGAAGUUACACUAACAUCGGCGAUGAGGUCAGGUCAGCCGUGCGCCCUAGGGGUCUUAGACCUCCCAAGUUAGUAGAUGUUCCAGCGCUAUCAGCUUUGUGAAUUCCACCUGAGGCCCUUGGCAUACAUCGCUUUUUUUUUCUUCCUUUGUUUCCCUCCCUCCCUUCCUUCCGAAAUGUUCCAUUCGCACGUGCUUACAAUUAUUGAAAGUGUUUGCCAGUAAAAGAUACCUUAGUACAAAAAAAUUGAAUUCAGGGUCCUCAUCCUGUCAACAAAAGGAUGUAGGCAAAUAAUAGCGCUUGGAUUGCUGUGGAGAGAUGUCUGAGGCUUUGUAAACUGGCACAGGCAAAACAAAUGUUGGGCAUGUUGAAAAUUACUCGGCUCCAGGCCCCAGAAGACACUUGCAGCCCCUCGUGCCCUAUCCCCUCACUACAGUAACUACUUGUAUCUUUAAUAAAAAUCAGUUUUACCAGACUUGGCUUGCAGCUGGAAUGAGUGGAGUGACCAAACAUUUAGAGGCUGCCAGUAAAUGCAGAGAAUCAAAGAGGGUGGAGUAGCAAACGUUUGCAGUUACGGGUGAUUAAUUUAGAUUAAGGCUAGGGUCAAACUGUUGAGUGUUCUGGAAAGGGAAAUGAGGACUGUAGGGAGGAGUUAGGUGGCACGCAGGGACAGGAACCAAGUUGGGAACUCUUGAACAAAAUAAAUGGCUACCGGGUGAGCUGAGUCCUGGGCUCUGUCAGGCAUGGAACAUAUAAUCAAGAGAUCAAGAACCUGUACAGCAUUAAUCAGGAAAAGCAAGGAAGGCUGAGCAGGAAGAAGCAACUAAAAUUUCUCUUUGGGAGAUCUUCAAACUCUUAAAUGAGUUCCUUGACAAGCUUUGACAAGUUGGAAAAAUAUGUGUGGGAAGAAUAGAUGCAGAGCUCCAACCUGGCAGGAUGCAGUGUAAGGUGCAAAGGCGUGUAAGUCAGAAACUUCGUCUUCAAGCAACUUAAAAUCCAGGUUGAAGAAAUAUGGACACCAACACCAAACUGGUCAUCAGCACAAUUUUUGCCAGCUUUUUCACUUUUCAGCUUCUUUUCCACUUUCUAAGUGAUUGGUUUUCAGCAAAAGUUUCUUCAGGUUUUAAUAGUCUCAGCUUCAGAAAGAAGAUUGAAUGGAACUCAAGGGUAGGAUCUACAUAUCAUUCUUUGGUGGUUGGGGUUUUUGGCCUGUACAUUUUCUUCUUUGAUGAAGCUACAAUCAGUGAUCCACUUUGGGGUAAUUCAUGGCUUGUAAAACUGAAUAUUGCUAUUUCUUCAGGCUACAUCAUUUCUGACUUGUUGAUUCUUAUUUUGUAUUGGAAAGUGAUUGGUGACAAAUAUUUUAUAAUUCAUCAUUGUACAGUUCUGUGUGCCUACUUCUUCGUACUGAGAGAUGGUGUGCUGGAGUACAUUGGGAAUAUCCGCCUGCUUGCCGAACUUUCCAGUCCUUUUGUGAAUCAGCGGUGGUUCUUUGAAGCUCUGAACUAUUCCAAGUUUUGCAAGGCUAACGUCAUCAACGGGAUACUCAUGACGGUAGUAUUCUUCAUUGUGCGGAUUGCUGCCAUACCAUCUUUCUAUGGCUACAUGUAUUCCGUGUUUGGAACAGAGGCCUACGUGAGGCUUGGAUUUUCAGUCCAGUUUUUCUGGGUACUUACUUGUGUUAUUUUGGAUGUGAUGAAUGUCAUGUGGAUGAUCAAAAUUUCAAAGGGGUGCAUCAAAGUCAUCUCUCUCUUCAGACAAGAGAAAACUAAAAACAGUCUUCAGAAUGGGAAACUUGACUAAAAGUGGGCUAUUGAUAAGCAUACUUCAUUACUACCUUCGUUAUAUCUACUGAUAGGAUGAAUUCUUGGCAUGUUCUUGUGUUUAUUAAUUAUACUUACUAUCCAGGAUUUCAGUGUCUUUUUUUUUUUAACCUUUAGAAAAGAGAAACUAAAUUUCUAUUUUUAUCCCAAGAUUUCCAGUUUUCUUCUACAUUAUACGCAUGGAUAAAAUCAUAAAAGUUUAAAUAAAAAGUUAUAAAUAUAGUGGUGAAUUCAGAAAUCUGUUAACGUGCAUCGGUAUUUUUCUCUUUGAAAAGAUGACUGUGCCAAUUUAGUGCGCUUGAUUUUAUGUCAUCAGUUUUGCUGAAAGAAUGGGAACUGCUUUUAAAUAUGUAAAUAGCUCUUAACAUUUUGUCGUACCACACUCAUUUCUUAUUAUGACUGUCGAUGCCUGUGUAAGGUUUAAUUUCUAAAUUGUUGAAAUACUCUUUUUCUUAGGCUAUUAAAAGUGAUGUAUUUUUCAUUUAGGUGUGCUAUCAUCUAUUAAUGAUGAAGCAUUUUACUUUGGGCACAUUUAAUUAAGUUAGUCCUGGGAAAUACUUCCUGCAUUUUUAGGUAUUUCAGACAUCUCUUUAUUCCUAUUUUUAGCAUUUUAUCAAAUUAUUGCCUUUUUACUUUAUAGUAAGUCUUAAAACAGAUUUUAUAGAGCUCCUUAAGAGAUGAAUUCCUCCUAAAAAUGCAUGUUAUAGAUGACUAUUAAGGCUAAUAGGAGGAAUCAUUAAGAAAAAGCUUUACCACUGCUAUUUCUCUCUGUUUCCCUGGCAGUUUUUCUGUGAAAAAUAUAUUAUUUCUAUUUGCAAAGCAUGCCCUCCUAAGUUCGGAAUCCAACAUUAUCAGUACCAAAGUCUUAUGUUAUAUGUAGUUAUCAUACUCCUAAGAUAGGCUUCUUCUUGAUGAGACCAAAACUACAAAAAAAAUCAGUAUUCAUAUUUUACUCAGAGUUUAUACCCAUACCUGCUUAGUCAGCAUUUAGAGCAUUUUGAAUUUUUAUCUUUCCGGAAGGACAGGGGAAAAAAAACACAAUUUAAUCCAACUAUUCUCAUUACCAAUAUUAUUGUCUUACAUGAUGAUCAAUGACUGGGGACUCUGGUCUUUUUUGUUUGUUUGUUUAUUUGUUUUUUGUUUGUGUGAGUUUAUGUUUGCUUUUGCUUUGGUUCUUGCAACCCAAGUAUAGAAUUAUGUAGUUGCCUAUUAUUGCCUUUAUUUAUUUUUCUCAAGUACUUGACUUUAAUGACUGCUCUCACCUAAGAAAAAAAGAAAUUUAACUGGUAGUGUAUACUUGAAUUUAAUCAAACCCAAACCAAAAGAUCCAUUCAGUUUCUCAGUUUGAAAGAGAAUGUUUGACUCAUUUUCAUUGUUCAUGUUAUGAGGAUGAAGUAUUUCAAGACUUUUGAUCUAAAUUGAUUUGAUUUGGCUGUUUAAUGCAGAUAGUGCCUCAUUAAGUCUCAGAACAUUUAAAUAAGGUAAUUAAAAUCUCAACCAAUAACCAAAUAGUAAAAUGAGAUUGAUUGGCUUAUACUAGGUACACUUAUUUUUGAAAGUAAUGUGGAAUAUUGGUAUUUGUUUUUAAAGCUACCAAUACUACAUUGAUUUGUUACUAAAUUUAGUGCCUUCCAUAUCAUAGGCACUUGCAUAUGUAUUGAUUGUGUAGAGAGUAUAUGAAAGCACAUGGUUUUAUCUUGUUCUUUUCUUGCUUUUUUGCAAGAAAACUGGCUUUUAAAAAAAUGUUUAUAUUAGAAAACUAUUUUGGAAAUUCAUUCCUUUAGAAAGAAAUAAAACUUGAAAUAAAUAUUUUUGACUCUGAACAUUUCUAUAGUUUCUGAACACAGAUUUUAAACCCACCAUCAAAAUGAAGGUUAGUGAGUUUCCAUAUAGCAGUUUCAGUUUUUAUGGUUGCUAUUUCAUGUUUAAAACUUCAUUUUUAUCUUCAUUGACAGCAUCUUUCAUUAGUAUAGCUGCUCACUAAAUAAGUAUAUUUAAAAUAUCAGUGUUUCGACUGAAGUUUGUUAUUCCUUUAGUCAGCAAUUCUUAUUUUACGCUGGCUGCAUGACAGCGAAUUUAUCAUCCAGGUUCAAUAUCCAAAAGUAUACUCUAUAUAUUUUCUGUUACAACAGACAUAAGAUAGAAAAGACACUGUAAUCUGUCAUGUUACUUUAAAUCAGGUCUUUACAGGAACUGUAUUUUGCUUUGCUAUGACUGUACCCACCUCCCUAAGAUACAAGUAAAGAAAACAUAUCAUUUAUUAAACAAUGAAUCUUUCAUUUAUUAAAUGACAAACUUUCGGUAGACAUUUUACAUAUUAAGUAUUUUGACUAUAUGGAUUAAUUUAAGUAAUUCUAUUUGGCAUUCCAAUUUAACAACUCAAAAUAUUUAUAGAAAAUAAAAGCAAAUUGGUAUACAUUUUUAAGCAACUCUAUUUUUGUAGAAAAACAUUAGUAACUAUAAAGAUGCUCUUUGAAAGUAUAGUAGUCUAGAAAAUAAAAAUUCUUAUAAAAUUUUGAAAAUGAAUGAAAAUCAACUAAAUAGCGUGCAAUAUAGAUUCUGCAUUAGAUACUUUAUUUGACUUGGGAGAAUUUAAAAAUUAGGAGCUUGAGUUUAUAGAAGUUGCAUUCUUGUCUCCAAAAUCUUUUUAAUGAGUAUUGUUUGCAUUUAUUUAAAACUCAAAAUGGACUACUUAUGUAAGAGUGCAAAGACAUUAACUCCUGCCUAAAUUAUAGUGAGUUGAAAUGCAGGUUUACUCCAGCUGCUUAAUUUUGUCGUUACCAUUGCUAAGGGUGAUCAAUGCACUAUGACGACCCACUACUGUCGUAAAGGCCUACUUUAAAAAACUGCCUAGUUUAUAGGUGUUGGAAUCAAAUACUUUUCUAAAUUUUAGUAAUCUAUUUAACUCAAAUCAGAUUUUGCUAAAGUAUCAGUUUUUAAAUUGUACGCUUUCUCUGGAGAAUGGUCCUUCACUGGUGUGAAGAGCUAGCUUGACUACUGGUCGUACUGUUUGUGAGCAUGUGUUUAGAAACAUUAUUCUCUUGCAAAUGUAUAGGGGAAAAUAUGUUAUAAUUUUCAUGUUUGUGCUGUUUCAUUUUUAAGGGAAAUAAACAUGUCCCAAAAGACAUUAUCAAAAUAAAUGUACAAGUUUCAGUUUCUAGGUUACUCUUAACUGCAAAUAUGUAAACAUACAUUUGAAUUGGCCUGAAGUGGUUUAGUCUGUUAAAUGAAAACUGAAAAGACCAUAUAAUUGUUGAGAUUAUCAGUUAUACUUCAUAGAAGAGUACGUAUUUACGUGUUUUGGAUUCCAUAAGAAGCAAACCCAUAUAAUUUUAUCAGAAAUGUGGCACAGUGUUUCUCAACAGGUAUGAACCAGCACAGCAGUGAGACUCUGUGUGGAGAGGCCAGAGCUGCACACACAGCUGCCCAGCCUGACUACAGCUGGGUGACAACAGACACACUAAAUCUACUGAAAGUGAGUUCUGACACAAAACGCAUGUGAUAUGUGUGAGAACAGUGAAAAGCCAGCAGGACCUGGAGUUGGAGGAGACACGAGGACUGAUUUUCCCUUAAAAGCCAUGAUGCACCUUCCUCAACCUAGAAGUUAUCCCUCUGAGUCCUUCUGGUCCUUCUAUCUGUUCCUCUUAACACUACAAACACGUCAUCAGCAGCUCCCUCCCUUAUGCCAGCACCUUUCUAUGUCAAGUCUUGAGGCCUCCCCAUACCUGUAAGCUUCUCUGUCUAUUGUGGCAAAUUCAAAAGUUUACAAGUAUGUUCUUUCAUUGAUAAAAGCAUUGAAGUAAGUUUAGCGAUGAAACCAUAGUUUAUUAAGAGGCGAUAGGAAGCCAUUUAGCAUUUAAUAAUACUUGUUUACAACAUGAAGCAAAGCUAAUCAUGUUUUGGUUUUAUUGAGAAACAUCUGUAGUUUCUUUUUUCUUUAACUAGUUUAGCAAUAAGAGCUUUAUAACAUGUUUCAGCUGGGGAUUCAUUAUAGGUGUGUAAAUUACCUGAAUGUUCUUCCUUAGACCCCACGGCAGGAGGAGGAACAGGCAGCUCUGUGUUAGGAUAUUAUGAGGAGGCGUCCUGGUCUGCAGCAGCGUUAGUGAGCCCUGCUCUUUAAUCAAGUCAACUUAGUUAUGGUCACGUUUCUUUUAAAAACAAGCUUGCCAGCAAAUGGCUUACUCAGGGUGUUUUCCGAAGUAUGACACCCAUGGACUUAAGUCCCAGCCUUUCUAGCCCAGACCUCAAACUGCCUCUACUGGCUUUGACAGUAAGUCAUCCCUUUACUGGAAGAUAUUUUGGAUAGUAGUGAAGAGCUGAAGACAGCUGCUAAAGAUUGCUGUGUCUGCACUGAAAACGUUUACACCAUCUCCUCAGAGGAGUAGACAGUUUUGAUAUCAGGCCCUAUAUUUAGACCAAAAACAAUGAGAAAUAUUUCUAAAUCUCAAAGAUAUAAUACCUCUGGCUGAAAACUCGUUAAUAUCAUCUGUAUAUUUAUUUCUUUAUAUCUUUAUGUAAUUCUGUAAUUAAGUGUGCAGUAAGGUAUUUGCUACUUUAUGGUUAAUGAAGCCUAAAAAUAUAACUGUAAAUGUAUAUAUUUUCAUUUCUUGCUUGGUUGGCUUCUACUAUGAUUAUGUCUACUUUUAAAGAAAUUUUUGCAUAGAUAAUACUCUAACUUGUAACUAGGAUGAGUUAUGAGAUUUUUUGGUAAUUAGAGUUUAUAGUAAUAAAUUUUAGACAUAGGUUUAAUUUGAAAAAGUUACUUAAAACUGCAGUAAAUUCAAUAGCUAGAGUGAUAUAUACAUAAUUUUUUUCCCGAGAAUAUGUAACAUUCAUAAUUAAUCAUCAUAAAGAUUUUGGAAAUUUUUCAAAAUACAUUUAACAUUUUGAGAACAUACCUUCUAAUUUAUUUCCAGAAGGCUGAAAAAUUUUGUUUUCUUUAUGAAAUGUGAGCCUUGGUAGUUUACAAAUCAGUGUUAUUCAGAUUCAUUGGCAACUAAAAUAGCAUCAGUAUUCUUUAUUUUGGUUUCUGGUUGUGCUUCAUGUGGAAGGAUUAAUAAACAUCUUUAGGUAGUUCCCUUAAUAUUUUAAAUGUUUGUAUACUUUAUUUGUAUGUGUGCCAUAUUAAAGUAUAUGCAAGUUCUAAGCAAUAAUCUGCAUGUUAUACAAGGUUGGCAUUACUUUGUCAUGACAAUUUUACUUAAUAUUAAUAAUAUUAAUAAUGUAUGUAAAAUAAAUAUCCCUCUCCCCCCAA